AUGUCUCUCGCUCUCUCCGACAACCUGGCUCCUCAGCCUAUGACUGAUAUCUUUACCGAUGACACAAACAUUGAUCGCCGCAAGUGCCACCGUACUGUGCCUAUGAAGGUGCUGGCUCUCGGUGUUGGCCGUACCGGCACUGCUUCCCUCCGCAAGGCUCUUGAACGUCUGGGAUACGGCAAGUGCUACCACAUGAUGUGCGCCAGUGUUGAGAACCCACCGGACUGUCUGAUGUGGCACGAUGCCCUGAACGCCAAGUACAAGGGCGAGGGCGAGUUCGGCCGCAAGGAAUGGGACCAACUUCUCGGCGACUGCCAGGCAGUCUGCGACUGGCCCGCCUGUGCUUUCGCCAAGGAGCUGAUCGAGGCCUACCCCAACGCAAAGGUCAUCCUGACCACCCGUGAUGUUGACCCGUGGCACGCUUCCGUCAUGAAGACCGUCCACUGGCGCGUCAGCGACCCCGAGCACAAGUUCGUCUCGAACUUCAGCUGGGCCGCCGGCAUGUACUACCCCAUGCUGAACAAGUUCUUCGACACCUUCUUCCGCGGUGACUUCCAGGGUCAAGGCAAGCAAGUGUACAACGAGCACGUCGCCGAGGUCCGCAGCAUGGUCCCCGCCGACCGCCUGCUGGAGUACAACAUCAACGACGGCUGGGGCCCGCUGUGCGAGUUCCUCGAGGAGGAGAUGCCCGACACUCCUUUCCCCGCGGCAAUGACAUGGCCGACUUCUACAAGCGCUGCAGCACCCGCAACCGCCACCAGAUGA